AUGACCCCUCGACGAUCUUCAGAAUUGGACGUCACACCACCUUUACCGCUUCGUGCACCUACUCCACCAGGUCAUUCGCUCACUGGUGCAGGCUAUAAUAAAAGAAAAAAAUCCCGUGAAGAAAAACAAGACUCUUUUUUUUCUUUGUUUUUUGGGUCAAGCUCUCGACCUUCUUCACCAAGUCAUGAAUCUGGACCUCAGUCAAUGAAUAACUUACCAGCCAGAUCUAAAGGGAAAGCUGGUCAUACACGUAAGCUUUCGGCUGGUAACUUAAAAGCCGCUCUAACAGUACCUGGCGAAGACGAACCAAGAAGAAAGUCUUUUGAUUACAUUCAGCCUGAUAUGAAUGCUCGAUAUUUCCCCCCUCCAGAAAUUGCCCCAUUUAUGUAUCAAAUUGAUCAGCAUGAUGAAAGUGAAAAAGGUUCAACUAUAACUUCGUAUACUAAUUCUGACUCAUAUUUCUCUAAACACCGACGAACAAAGAGUUCAGAUAGCGACUCAAUUAGUGUGAUAUCUUCUUCUGCCAGUAACAUCACUCAUAGUAAUACACCUGUUAAGGAAGAAAAAGAAAAGAAAAAGACUUUAUUUAAUCUUUUCAGGAAAGGCUCCAAAGAUAAAGAGUCACCCACACCUGAAGGAGUAUCUCGUAAAAAUUCAAGUACGGAGUCACAUCCGAAUUUCCUUACACCUCACGACCAGAGAGACGAUCAUCUGUCAUCUAAGAAUGAUCACUAUCAUUGGGGCAUGAAGCUCAAAAAGGAACAUAAAUCAGGGAAAAAGCAGAAGGAAACUGCUGCAUAUGACAUAUUAAACUGUAGUAACAUUACCUUGAAUGACAUGAAAGAUAUCAUAAAAACUGAAAAUCGACACUCAGGUGUACCUUCUUAUAAAUCGUUUGAUGACUACUUGUUACAAGAAAACCCGGCUAUAGAAAGGACCCAAUUUCCACCGAAUAAAGCAGAAAUUUGGACGGCUCCUGAUUCAUGGGCAGUAAAUUUUCCUAACAAUCAUGAAACUUCGAUAGAAAAGGGUGCUCGUGAUAGCCUUAAUGUUGAAGAUAAGGAUGAUUGGAAACGAUUAUUUUGCAUUCGUAUAUUUCGUCCUGAUGCCACUUUCGGUACAGUAAAUUGUGGAUUGAACACUACUACUUCCGAAUUAUUGCAAAUUCUUGAACGUGUGCUAGGAUCUCAUGAACGACCAUUGCAAUUACAAAAGAAAUGGUUAGAACAAGCGGGAUAUACUGUAAAUGAUAAUUUGGAAGAUCUUGGCAGAGAGGAUAAUAGCUAUUUGGUUCGGUUUACCUUCCGUGAAACUACUGUACCAAGAUUUGAAGAAGAAGGAAACUUAUCUAAUUUCCAAAUAGUGGAUCUUCAAUCUCGCAAUUUACAAACAAUACCUAUAUUUCUUUAUCGGCAAGCUUUAAAUAUUCGAUCUUUAAAUGUUUCUCAAAAUUUAAUGCUCGACCUUCCUAUGGAUUUUAUACAAUCUUGUGCACAAUUACGUGAGCUCAACCUUUCACAAAAUGACCUAGAACGUGUUCCACAAUCAAUUAAACAGUCAGAAAUGCUUUCUUUUCUUAAUAUAAAUACAAACCGUUUGAAAGACUUGGAACCUGGAUCAUUGGAAAUGAUUGGAGAGCUAACAAAUCUUCAGGUUGAAAACAAUUUGUUAGAAACAUUACCCAAGAAAUUUGCAGCGUCUACCAAACUAAGUAUCUUGAAUGUUGCCAACAAUUCGUUCAAAGAAUUUCCUCAAGUUAUUUGCGAUAUCGUGACGCUUUCAGAACUGGAUUUGAGUUAUAACAAAAUAACUUCCAUACCAGAAGAAGUCGGAAAACUUAAAAACCUUAAAAAGUUGUUCCUCAUUGGAAAUCAAAUAACGGAUAAAAAAUUACCUGAAAAUUUUCAGAAUUUAACUUCUUUGCAAGAAUUGGAUAUACGUCGAAAUAAAAUAACGAACCUCUGCACGAUAUCUUUAAUUCCUAACCUUGAAAUCCUUCUGACCGAAUUUAACAACAUAUCAACAGUAGACAUAUCUUCAAGAUCAUUACAAAAACUUAUUCUAACCAAAAAUCAACUUACUCAAUUCUCGUUAAAGGAAACAGGUCCUUCAUUAAAAGAACUUUCAUUGGCAAAUGCUAAACUUGUUGCAUUACCAAAUGAGCUGUUUGAACACCUUGAAUCUGUUCAAACGCUUGACAUUAGUUAUAAUCAGUUAACAUCGAUUCCGACAACAAUUGGGAUGUUGAAGAAUUUAACACACUUAACAUGUAUAUAUAAUACUCUUCGCACAUUGCCAAAUGAAAUUAGUAGUUUAGACUCUUUAUAUGAAUUGGACAUUCAUUUCAACAAUAUCGUUUCUCUACCACAAGAAAUUUGGCUUUGUAAAAGUUUAGCUAUUUUAAAUGUUAGCUCAAAUUUAUUAGAGCUAUUCCCAGCGCCUCCAACCACUUCAACCAAUUUGCCAACCGAGAGUCCUCUUAUUAGUUCACUUCGCGUCCUAUAUUUAGGCGAUAACCGUAUUACUGCUGAAAUAUUUCCUUAUAUUUCUUUAUUUUCGAAACUCGAAAUUUUGAAUAUCUCAUUCAAUAUGUUGGAUCAAAUUCCUCCAGGAAUUUCUAAUCCUCAUUUAACGGAAUUGUAUCUUUCCGGGAAUCAAUUGUCAUCGCUUCCAGAAGACAUAGACAAGUUAACUAAUUUGAGUGUUCUACAUGUAAACGGCAACAGAUUGACAACAUUGCCUGCAGAAUUGAGUAAAAUAAGAAAAUUGGUGGUUCUCGAUGUAGGGAAUAAUUUCUUAAAAUAUAAUAUCGCGAAUUGGCAAUAUGAUUGGAAUUGGAACUGGAAUAUUGAACUUAAAUAUCUUAAUCUCUCGGGUAACAAAAGAUUCGAGAUUAAACAUGUGCAUCAAAAUGAAAUCAAUCCUCUCCGAGAUAGAAAUUUAGCGGACUUUAGAAUGCUUACUGCAUUGAGAGUUCUUGGUCUCAUGGACAUUACACUUUUAAAUUUUUCAGUUCCUGAAGAAACAGAUGAUCGUCGUGUGCGAACAUCAGUCUCAUUAGUAAAUUCUAUGCGAUAUGGUAUGGCAGAUACUCUAGGAAAGUCAGAUAAUCUUUCAACAUGGGAGGCUGUACAGCCAAAAUUUCGUGGACAUGAAGACGAGUGCAUUUUUGGGCUUUUUGAUGCUCGUGCUGGCUCCAGUCAAGGUGGUCGAGUUACUAAGUAUUUACACGAUUGGUUUUUAUUCCAUUUCAAAACUGAGCUCGAAAAAUUAAAAGAUGAUUCAGUAGAAUCUGCUUUACGACGAUCUUUUUUGAGUUUAAAUAAAGAACUCGGUUCAAAGGUCUUCAAUUCAAGUAUAGAAACGGACCUUUAUUCUAGAGAUACGGAAAGUGGGUAUCAUAACUCUUCCCUAGGUAUUGAUGACAAUAAGUCUGGUGCCUCCGGAUUAGUUGCUUAUAUUUCUGGAACAAAAUUAUAUAUUGCAAAUGUUGGGGAUACUGUAGCAGUUAUCAGUCGUGGAAAAGAGGCAUAUCCGGUUGCGCAAUGUCCAGAAGUUUUUAGCGAAAUUGAAAGGAUAAAGAAAGCUGGAGGAUAUAUUUCGCAUGAUUGCCUUGUUAAUGGAGAACUGGAUGUAUCUCGAUCAUUUGGUCAUUUUCAUUUAACGCCAAUUAUCAAUGCUAAUCCUGUAACGGAGGUAGUUCAACUCUCUGAACAGGAUGAACUUUUAAUUCUUGCUACACGAGAAUUAUGGAAUUAUAUAAGUUACCAACUUGCAGUAGAUAUAGCUAGGACUGAGAAAAAUAAUCUCAUGUUAGCUGCUCAAAAGUUGCGAGAUUUCGCUAUUUCUUAUGGUGCCAAUAAAAAUAUCAUGGUAAUGAUUAUAGGGGUUGGAGAUUUGUUUGACCGUCGUUACUCUGUGAUAAGAGAAAGAAAAGGUGAAGGUUCAAUAAAAUUUUUGGAUUACAGAAGAAGAAGAGAUGAAAUACCGAGUGAUAAUAUUAUGGCACGGUUAGAAGCAGAAAUUUCACCACCAACAGGACAAGUAGCAUUGGUUUUUACUGAUAUAAAGAACUCUACAUUUCUUUGGGAAACAAUACCAAACGCAAUGCGUUCUGCGAUUAAAUCUCAUAAUGAUGUCAUGCGCCGCCUUCUACGCAAUAUUGGUGGUUAUGAAGUAAAAACUGAAGGAGAUGCUUUCAUGGUAUCUUUUCCAACGGUAGCGUCAGCUCUCUUAUGGUGUCUCACCGUACAAAUUGAACUUUUAAAAGUUGACUGGCCACAAGAGAUCAUUGAAUCAGAAGAUGGAAAAGAGGUUUUUGGUGGGCAUGACAAUGAAUUGAUAUAUAAAGGUUUAUCAGUUCGAAUGGGUAUACAUUGUGGUAGUCCAGAUUUUGAAACGGAUAUAGUAACGAAACGAAUGGACUAUUUCGGACCUGUGGUUAAUAGAGCUGCAAGAAUCUGUAGUGCGGCAGAUGGUGGGCAAAUUUGUGUGAGUUCUGAAGUAGAAUCACAAAUUGGCAUUUAUAGGUAUGUAGGUGGACAAGAUUCAGAUAGGAAAGGUAGCAUUGGGGGAGAUGAAGAAGUGCAGGAGUCAUCUAAUGAUAGGUUGGAUAAGAAUGUGAUUGUUUUGAAGAAAAUGGGAUUUGUUAUAAAGGCACUCGGUGAAAAAAAGCUUAAAGGAUUAGAAAAUGCCGAAAUACUGUCGUUAGUUUAUCCGGUAAAGCUUAAGGGUAGAAUGGAUGAAGAUCAAAAAAUGAAAGCCAGGAAUUCCAUAAAAGUUCCAGAAAAAUAUGAACCUAUUGCAACCACACAAUUAGUUGAUCCAUCAUGUGUACGCACUCUUGGAUAUCUUUGUCUUCGUCUUGAACGUGUGGUAUCCGGAAAUGUAAGCCAUCGUACUUCUCGAAAUUCAAAAACAGAUCAUAUGGCAGGAUUGUUAACGUUCCAUGUCAAGGAUAAUGCGGAUGAUGAAGAGUUAAUGAAAAUAAUGGAGAGCCUGAUUACAAGGAUUGAGAAUGCGAUAUCAACUUUAUAUCUUAAUAAAGUUGGAAAGUAUGCUCGUGUUCUCGAAGAACUCGGGGAUGCACUUGCACUUGAUCCAGACCAUAUUGUUCGUGCUUUACAGAU